UUCUUCUUCCUAAUCCUAAGAAAGCUAAAAGGCUUAACCUGUAAGCAACCUUAAUGCUAUAAUAAGUAGUAUGUAUUUAGCAUUUCCAAUUAGGACCAUAAGUUGUCAUUCUUUAUUCUAUUGAUAACAGUUUUUUAUAUUAGUCUGUAAAGGAUUUUAAUUACUUAUACAAAUAUUUGUUUUGUGAGACAGGAGCGUAGGUCAUAAUGGUUACUGUCAGUGACAACCAACCUAUUAUUUCGUUUGAAAGUUUAAUCCCUGAUUCUCUCAAGAACAAGCCUGUCGUGGAUAAAAAUACAGAAACUGACAGUGAAAGUGACAGUGGAGUCAGAAACGAUACUCCUAGAGGAAAAUGUAAAUCAGGGAAGUUCUGGAAAACUAAAAAAACCAGAGCUAAAACAAUGAUCAAAACAAAAGGGCUUCAACUAUCCUAUGACAAAAGGAAGAAAAUGCAAGAGGAAAUCAAGUUGGCCAAACAACUCACCCGAAAUGCUUUAGAUGAACGAAAGAAACAAAAAGAAGAGCUUAGAGAGAGACGUAAAACAAAUAUAAAAAGAAGGCAAGAAAAUGAAAGGAAAGCGGAGAUAGUGCAAGUGGUUAAAAAUCCAUCAAAGAUCAAGAAGAAACAUCUGAGAAUGAUUGAAAAGAGAGAUACAUUACCUUUUCAAAAUAAAAAAGUGGAUUGAUUCA